AACUCGUGCUUUCAAGUAUAGGCCCUAGGAAUAGUCGCUUGAUGAGAAACGUUGGAGGAAAAGUUGGAGGCGUGUAACUCGCACCCAUGGUCCUGCCGAGUUUGAAGGGAAAACGAAAACGGUUAAUCGACUCCUGGAAUUCUAGGCCACGGUAAACAGUGACUAGCAGCAAGCUUGUGCCAGUAGUAUCAUCUCAACUGCCACUCAAGCAACUGCUCAUAUUCAUAAGCUUUACCAAUGAAUAGCUUUGGUGUAUGAUUUAGCAACACUGAACGACACCACCAACCAAGUCGGUAGCCGGGAUUAGUCAACUCAACUGGAGGGCCUUUUACAAAGAAACACUCGAGCGGUGAUCGUCAGAAGAUAAACGAACCCUGAGAGUAAAUAUCGGUGCUUUGAAAUUCGUGAAGAGCGAGGCACGGGGAGUGCCAGUCGGUUGCCAGUUGCCGGCGAAUUCUCGACGGGGAGGACCUCGCUGGACACGGCGGAGCUCAAGUGCCAAACUCCGGUGAAGGGCAUUAUUGUAGAUUCUUACUGCAGAAGCUAUCCUAUCAUUGAUUGGGCCGUGACGAUGACGUCACGCUGAAGUCUUGCCUCUGCGUUGCCUCUGCGUUUUCACCAGUCAAGGAGUACAGUGGAUUCUACACAGCUACGCAGGUAAAUCCACCCCUCACCGCCAUGGACAACACGUCCCUGCCCGGCGUGGGCGUGUCGGAGGGCGUGACCGUAGGGGGCGGGGCCAAUGAGGAAGACGUCAUCUUGAGGAGCAUCUCUCCCAUCCUCCUUGGCAUCAUGUCGUCUCUGGCACUGAUUGGCGUGGUGCUGGCCGUGGCUUUCAUGAUCUUCAAUGUCAGAUACCGACAGAGCCGGCUCAUAAAAAUGUCAAGUCCCAAUCUCAACAUCCUCAUCGGCAUCGGGGCCGUUUUUAUCUACGCAUGCGUGGUGCUGUUCGGCAUUGACGUAGGUGUGACGUCAUCAGAUGACGUACUGGGGAUUCUUUGCAAGGUGCGUGUAUCUUUGAUAACCCUUGGAUUCACGUUAAUCUAUGGAUCCAUGUUCAGCAAGGCGUGGAGAGUCUACAGAAUAUUUGCCCACGCUGCGACCAAGAGAAUGGUGAUCCGAGAUGGUCGCUUGAUGACGAUGGUUGGCAGCUUGCUUCUCCUCGACUUCGUGGUGCUAGCACUAUGGCUGAUUCUGGACCCUCCGAACAUCGAGCAAACGAUUCUAACUGCUCGCCAAGACGAUGCAUCGUCUUCCACGCUAGAGGGAGUCCUUGUCUGCCAGUCGAAGCACACAGAGGUGUGGAUGACAGUCCUCUUCACCGUCAAGGCCUUCAUCCUGUUGCUAGGCACCCACCUCUCCUGGGAGACCCGCAACAUCACCGUGCCCUCCAUGAACGACGCCAAGUGUAUUGUAGUCAGCGUGUACACCUGUGUCAUCCUGGUCGCCAUGGUGACAGCGUUGAUGACGAGUCUAGAGGCGUGGCCCAAUGCUUGGUACUGCUGCCUGUCGGUGGUCAUGCUGAUUUGUCCCACGGAGAUGCUACUUUUGCAGUACAUUCCAAAGAUAAGGGCAUGGCGAAGCAACCCUGAGGCUAGCUACAGCAUGUCCCGCUCUCUGACUACAUCCUACUUAGCAACGGCACGGCAACGCUCCUUGGCGGAGGUUGAGGAAGAGCUAUUUCUACUGUCCAAGGAGAAUGCAUCCUUGAAGAGGUCCUUGUCAGAGAAAGACAACACCAUCGAGGUUCUCCAUGAACAUGUGGGAUCAGCCAAAGAGAAGCUGCGACUACUCUCGGUGGAUCCAGACAUGCGCCAGGACAGCGGCUGCGACUUUGACAUGUCCUCCUCUUCCACUUGCCAGGAGGACCACGACCAUAUAGGAGUGCGCCCCCCUGACGUGGUGAAGGACGAGCCACGGGAUGGCGACAUCAACGAAAAUGAGAGGACACCGGAGCACGAUCCUCACAAGUUGUCCCUGAAGUACAACGUGGCUGCACUGGAGCGGCAGCACCUGAAACGCAGGCACGGCAGGGAAGGCGGGAGCAUACGAAGCAUCGGCAGCGUGAAAUCCGUCAAGGAGUUUGAAGACCUACGCGAGUCCAUCGCCCAUGAGCUUCAUCAGGCUGCUGAUUUGUCGCUGAACCUCCGGGAAGCCAUAGCCCAUGACCUCCACUCCUGCCGCACCACACCGAUGUACAUGGUCAUCGCAGACACGGAGAAAGAACUGGCAGGGGUCCUGAAGGACUCCUACAAUCUAGACGGUGAUAACAUCUCGAUAUCAAGCAGCACCUUCACCUAUGAUAACCCUGUCUUUACGCGAAACCAGAAGGGCAGGCGCAGCGUUGACAGUAUGUGUGCCUGCAACAGUCGGCAGUCCAGUUUCAGAUCCGUGGCAGAUCUUGCCUUGGAAUUCUCAGAGAGGGGCGGUCGCGGUGCUCCCUCAGUAUCAAGGACCCUUCAGUGGCCACAGUAUAGACCACCCCAGAUGGUGGAUGGAGACAGAGAACUACCGCGUGUUGUCAAGAGCUCAGAGACAAAUGGCUCUGCCCCCAAGAUGACAAAAAGUGUUUAUCACACUUAUGUAUGAUACAAGAUACUACCCUUGUAACGUGCUUAUAAACAGUAACAUUUUCAGUGGAUACAAUCAAAUGACGCACCAAGUACAGAUGUGAUUAUGGUUUUACUAGUAAUACAAUGUUGACGACUUUAUCAAGCAGUCUUUUGGAAAAAAUGUUGCAAACUGACGCCACUUCGGCGAAGAAAUGGAGAGUCAAGAAAAUAUUCCCAGUAUUUCCUAACAAAAUUGGAAAUAUUUCUCAGUCCCAGAUUCAUGUCUUAUCAUCAUUUUUGCAAUGAAUGACCUUUAUUGAGAUGUUAUUAUGAAGAGAAAAGUGGUGCAAGGUUGCAACAUUUUUUCCAGUCUUUUUAAUGUUUGCACAAAAAUGAUUGAGGAAUGCUGUCCCCUCCUCUGCAGAUGACAAACUGCACUGGUAGGACCUACCUAUUCCUUGGUUAACCUGCGAAAUAUGCAAACUGUUAUGCACAGAAGUUUCUGCUAUGGAACCGGUUACCAGAGAUUCUGUACUUACAGGGCGAUUUAUAAUGGAUCAUUUACAUUUGGGGAUCAUUUCCAUUUCUAACACUAUUUUGUGAUUGUAUUUUGAGCCCGUCCCCUCGUUUUUAUCAUUCCAGUUUAAAAAAAAAAUGACUCUAAGGCCCAAAAAAAUAAUAAGUCGGUCAGCGCGCGCGUCGAUUUUAAUCAU